AUGAAUAUAAAUCGUGCUGGUCAUCUGCCUGGGCCAUGGCGCAGAUAUAACAUCGAUCCCGCCACUGCUGAGCCUCCUGCUCCCCAAACUCCUCAUCCAGCCAUGCCUGGGACUGUUGCCGGCGGAAUUGAAUGUCGGCCGCGGCCCACUGGCGCUGGUGCUGGCCGUGGCUCGGGCUAUGGCUCGGGCUAUGGCUAUGGCUCGGGCUAUGGCUAUGGCUCCAGCGUGGGCAAUAGCUCCGGCGUGGGCUAUGGCUCCGGCUUCGGCUUGGCCUGCAUGAGCCCGCUGCUCUGCUGGAAUCAUACUCCAUUCCGCGCCUGA